UCCAGUAUAGCGCAGCUCAUCCUGGCAAUGAACUCUCGAUACAUUGACGUACAGCUGGGAAGUUUCAAAGCUCACACUAACCUAAUCGACCUGGCAGUGAAUAAAUCCCCUAUUGAUACUUUUCAAUAGAAUUAACCAGGACACUAACAUUCGCUGACCUCAUUAAACUAUUCCUUGCCAUUUCUUAUUCUAUACUGUUCUGAACAAACAGUGGCUGUCGUGGUCAUCAACCUUUUUCGUCAUGCUGACAGUCUUGUAUUAUAAAGGUAUCCAAAAUACAAAUACAGAGGGUUCUGUUUUAGUCCCUGCAGCGUCCGUCCAUCCCUUGCCUACCCCAGAAGAAACUAGCGCUGAGGAGUGGAAGCGACACCCAGGAGUCCCCUUUGGGGGGGAAAGGAGUCAUGGGCACCCAAUCCGACAGUUCCAUCAGCAGGCAGGAGAUUGUGGGGAGCAAGAAGCUGUUCUACGGGGAGCAUGUGGGCAGUGAGACUCGCAAUAUGGAGUUCAAGCGUGGGGGAGGGGAGUACCUGAGGAUGGGGUUCCAUCACCACCUGCGGAAGUAUGCCUGUGCCUUCCUGAAUGGGGAGGGGGGCAGCCUGCUGGUGGGAGUGGACAACGACGGUGUGGUGCGCGGGGUGGAGUGUGGUUACCGUGACGAGGACCGGACCAGGCUGCUGGUGGACUCUGCUCUCAAGGGCUUCCGCCCACAGGUGUUCCCUGAGGCCUACUCCCUCAGCUUCUUGCCCGUGCUGAAGGGAGACUCCACCGGCCUCUUCCUGAAGGUGGUGCGGCUCAGCGUGCACCCCCCGGCCCCACAGAGAGAGCCCGUGCUCUACGAGACGGACCAUGGCGAGGUGUAUAUGCGACGGGACGGCAGCCUGCAGGGGCCCCUCAAAGCGAGUGACAUACAGGAGUGGUGCCGCCAGAAGUGGAGUAGUGAGGUGGUGAGGCUGCAGAAUCACCUCAACUGUCUGCUGCAGGAGGAGAGAGCACUGCAAGACGAACUCAAAGAGCAGAAGAGAGUCCUUGCUGAGCUGCAGUGUGGAGAGAAGACUGGAGAGGAGUGGAGCCAGAAACACAGCCAGGGGGAGACCAGAGAAGAAGCAUCACACAUGGAACAGCCCACAGUCACAUCAUCAAAGAUCUGCAAAGUCAUGUAG